AUGAGCGGUUCAUCCUCACCACUACAACUCAGUUGUGAGGCAAACACACACCAGAACUCUGCAACAACAUCCUCAGCACUGUCUUCCUCAUCGGGAACACUGUGGCAAAGGCUUGAACAUCCGAAUGUGGAUAUCAAGAGAAGAAGUAUGGCAAACAUUUUGAACAAAUUUAAAUAUGGUUUGAUGAGCGUGGAAAUGUUGGAAAAUGAUGAAAAUGUUCUUGCAGUUCUUCUCAAAUGGUUCAAUAAUAACCCAUGUUUUUAUUAUCGACAGGUCAUACAACUUCUAUGCGAGUUUGCAAAGAGACAAACAAGUGCUUUAAUAUUAAUUGAAAUUGGAGCCAUUGGUUUUUUUCAAACACUGCGGCUCUAUGCACCUGAAGACAUUCAUGCGGAAGUUGAUUUUAUUGUCGAAAAAUUAAAAGCAUUUCGUAAACAGAUCGAAAAUCAAGAGGAUGCCACAAACGUCACAAAACAAACGAACCAUGAAGAGGUUAUACAAGAUUACCUUCCAAUUCAAAGCCCUCAGAACAAACAAAGUUCACAAGAUUUGGAUCAAUCGGAAGAUCAAAUUAUUCGAAAAAAAUUCAAACAAGUCAGAAAAAUUGACCUGAUGGAAUCCGACAAGCAGUACUUGUUCGAAAUUAAUAUUCGCCUACAACAAAGACGAACAGAAAUUGUUCAAGAAGCUCUCCAUGACCUUAAAAAAUCCCCCCUUACAGAAUUUCCAAUAGAAUGUUUAGUGCAAAAUUCAGAUAUCGUUCGAUCACUCACCUUAAUACUUCAAAAUGAUCAUCCAAUGUAUAUUGAAAAUGAUGUCAUGUCAUGUCUUUGCAACAUUUUUGAAAAACUUUCCAUGAAAAUUCAUGACUUUGACCUUCAAGAAUCAGACUACGUUUUGAUUGACUUUAAUUCUCUAAUUUUCAUUUUAAAAUAUGUUUAUUCAAAACUGAGGAGUGCAUGUCGAAGGAAAUUAUCAUUGGUUGGAAAGUCUAUUGAUGUACUGAAGCAUGUUGUUGAAUGUUUUUGUGAACCCAUUUCAGAGUUGGACAAAUUAAUUAUUGUUGAAAGCUCAAGUAACAUAAUUGAUGACAUAAUUAGUUGGAUCAACGAAACAAAAGAUGAAGUCGACAAGUUCAAAAUUUUGGACCUAUUCUCUCUCUUAUUGUCGAAAUGUGACUCAUCAUUGUUAUGUAACAUAUUACCUGUCGUUUUGCCUGCUCUUGAAGAACAUGUAUUUGAUCCAGUGUUGCACCUUUCGUUUUCAAAUAUUCAUUCCAAAGCAUGCGCUCAAUUGGAAAGAAUAGAUUCAGCAACAUUCAAAGAAUGUCUUUCUGCUUUCAAGUUCAUUGAAUCCUUAAAUUGCUACGACGAAAUAAUCCACGAAACGGAGCUGAAACCCCUCUCAAGUGCUGUUGAACAUUUGGAACGUGUGACAAAAGCUAUUCCAGCUCUGAUGCUGCACCAAGAAAAAAAUGGACUCGAACGCUUACUUCAAGAGCUGUUUGUAUCAGCAGAAUUUUUGGACGACAUUUCUACUUGUCAAGCUCUUCUCAAGACACUCCUUUCACAUCAAUCAGAGGCAGUUAGAGCCUACACUAUACAAUUUAUUUCGGAAGAUCCACAUUUUUUCUUUGAGAAAUUAGCGUCGGAUGAAUUGAUUUACUUGAUUUGUUUGCACUAUUUCCGAAACAACAAUUCUACCACAAAUUUUACAACAUUGAUUCAAACCAUUCAACACAGUCCCAAGUCAAUCAAAUUAUUUUCGUCAUUUGUUCCACUAUUACAAUGCCUUUUGAAAUAUUGUGAAAUUGUGGGAAAAACGGAUGAUAUCGAUGAAUUUUUGUUGACUUUGCAGUUAUUUGAACGAGUCAUGACCAAGAAUGAGCUGAUAGCUUAUAACAUUCGAUUUUUAUUUCACAAAUACAAAUGGGUUCGAGAGGCAGCAACAAUCAAUCUAAAAACAUUACUGAUUCACGAAUCAACGAAUCGUUCAGAUUUAUUUGACUUUGGAGAGAGUGACCCAUUGAUGAGCAUUUAUUUGGAUGAUAUUGGGCACAUUUUUGAGAUUAACUCGGCAACAACACCUCUUUUGUCCAACGAGGAAUUGCAAAGCCUACUGUUACUCUUUAAUGAGACCAAAGAUUUUGAAAUUUUUAAAUCUGUUACUUCACAACUAUUCACCAUUGCUAAGUUAUCCAAUAAUGUGAAAGAAAUUUUUAAUACCGAUUUUUUGCAAUUGAUCCUUCGCAGGUUGUCAGAAUAUGCAUGCACAGAAUUGUUGGCUCUACUGUUUGUAGUGGUUACUAAUGUUUCUUGCUUUGUAUUAUGCUCAUCACCCAUCAUUGUCCACCUCUCAUCACUAAUGUUUCACAAGGAUAUGCUAAUGAGAAAAUUAGCUUUUAAAAUCCUUGGUGCAGUAGUUUUUUCAAAAGAAUUAUUUAUUCGUGAGGUGAAGGAUAUGACUAUCACCUUGAAACAUUAUGGGAAUCCUAGAUUUUCAUUACCAAAUUUAGUAUUGUCGAACUUUUACGAUAUCAAUAAUUCAUCGGCUUUUGAAAUUGGCUGCGUUGGAUACGAUACGAUAUCGGGGAGAGCUCUUCAUUUUGCAAAGAUUGUCAAAUUAUUUGUUGACAAACAACUCGAGAGGGAUGUUAAAAAUAAUUCACAAUUAUUGAUUCUCAAAGAAAUUCAUCCAGAUUUUUACAUUGAUAUGGCCUUAACAAAAUUGUCUCAAUCAAGAAGCCAUAGCGAGUUUUUAACAAACCUACAUAUUUUGCAAGAUUAUCUACUUCUUGACGACUCGUGCAUGAAAAAAUUCGAGGAAAGCGAUUGGAGAAGAGUAUUUUUAAAGUUCUUACAUAAGGCUCCAACCAGCCAAGCCGAUGAUCUCGUAUUGGAAAACGUUAUUGAGUUCUUCUCUGAGAUAUUCAAACACCACGUACCGGAUAAGGACACCAUCACAGAGUUGGCCUACUGUUAUUGCAAGAAUUUUUGUGAAAUUUUCUACAUUGAAUCUUCUCAAUCACAGAUCGAUAGGAAGGGAAUUCGUUGCACCUUGUUGAAAUUUUUAUGCUCGUGCUUGGAAUUUCUUUGCUCGUUUAGUUGUAGAGACGAGCUGAAGUUAGUACUGAAUGAUGAAUAUCUUUUAAUAUCUUUGAAAAGAUAUAUUGAACAAAAGAAAAGCUAUGAUCUUCGCAUCCUUGCAUUGAGAUGUGUAUGCAUUGCAGCCCUGAGCGGUGAACCAUUCUCUACUGAAAAUAUGGAACUACUCAAGUCUCUUUUUACAAACUUGUUCCAAUUGGUGCAUGAAGAGCAACAAACUGUUGAAAAUGGUAUUUACCAAAAGUCACAUUUUCUGCAAAUGGCACUCUAUACUCUGUGCUCCUUGUCUUCUGUAUUUAAACAGUGUAAAAUUUCCACGUUCGAUUUGGCCAAUUUAGAGCAUAUGGAGGAAAUGAUUUUCUCAAAACAACCUCUUCUAAGAAUUUCAGGAUUCAAGAUUAUUUCAAACGGAAUUAUCAACCAACAGAAGCUAGAUGUUCUUUGUAAACAUAAUCCUCAACUCAUUGAUUUGAUAAUAUCACGAAUCUCCAGCAAUGACAACGAGUCAGCAAAAGAAGGAGCACUCUGGACUCUGUGUAAAGUACUUUCAGUGAGCUCUGCGCCAUUUGAUUCCUUUAUUGAGAAAAUUCCCUUCACAGAGUUAUUCAAACUUCCAACACAUCAAUUUUUAGAGUCUUCAACCUCCCUUCUCUACCUGAUUCUGAAGAAAGAUCCAUCCUCUCAAAGCAAAAUAUUAAUGGAAAAGGCGGCAUUGUCCUUCUUGCUCAAUAGCCUCAAAGCGGUUUCAAACAUUGAACCUACAAAGUACACCAUCCAAUCUUUGCAAAACUUAUUGUUGGUAUUGAUUCAAAUUAUGGAGAAUAAUAAGGAUUUAUCAACGUACUUGAUUAAGGAGACUGUCAUUUUGGAGUGCAUGCUACAACUGGUUCAUUCACUUCACCACAAUUUGGAUGUGAAUUUUCAAGUGGUUACUGAGCUUUGCUUAGUGAUCAUGAACAAUCUUGUUUCAAAUAUUAAGGGAGAUUCCGACUAUGUGAGAUCGAGAGAGGGACUUCUACAAGCUCUUCUCUCAUGCCUGAGUGAAAAUAAUUCCAGGAGCCUUCACUUGACAGCUUGUAAAUUUCUGACCACAUUGCUUGGGAGAAAAUGUUUUCCAAUCAAAGCUUCUUCUGAGAAUGAGAAAUGUAAUGACAUCCUUUCAAGACUUAUUGCUCUCUAUGCCUCCAUGGAAGAAGCUUUUUUCAUGGAUGAAAUUGUGGAUGACUUGAAUGUUGUUGGUAAAGCUUUGGCCUGGUUACUUUCCAUCUAUGGAAAGAAUUGUCAAGCAUCUACCCAGAGAGAAUUGACACUGACACUCUUUAGCUUUAAUAAGAGAGUUUGUUCAUCACUCUCCAUUGAAUCUAUUCGAAGAAAUAACAAGGACGUUGGAAGUAGUGAACGUUUGAAGGAACAACUUUUUCUGAAUUUAACAAUAUUGCAGCAGUUACUGCUUGGAACAGAAGCAAAGAAAGUUUGCACUACAGAGUGCAAUAUUAUUCAAGAGUUCAAGCUCAUGUGGUUCUCUAAUUAUGCUGACAUUGAUUUGAAAACAAGCAUAUGUUUGGCUUUGAAUAAUUUAUUUUGUGGAAAUGAUCGAGCUAAAAUUGAAGUUUCCACUGAUCUCAACAAACACCAAGCAAGUGCAUGGAUUGUGGAUCUUGUUUCUCAAGCGACUUCUCUAAAGACCAAGCUCAGCUCCACCAUGACAUUUUUCAAUCUAUUGACCAUAUUGAUAUCUUCAGCUGAAGUGAGAUAUUCCAUGACUAAAUAUUUGGUAUUCGAAGGAAUGAUCAAGUCCAUGAAAGAGAAUUUCAUUAGAAAGAAAGAUGAUAACAGAUUGGAAUACUGUUUAUGCAUGUUUUCACAUCUGUCAUUUUUUGAAGAUUGUCACGAGUUGCUCCUGAACAAGGAUACUUUUGACCACAUGGUGGAUCAACUCGUGAAAUCACCGAAUGAGAAUGUGAAAGAGUAUAUUAUGCUUAUUAUGAGAAAUUUAUUAUUCUGUAAGAGCAUCAGUACCCUAAUGGUACGAGUUGAAGAGUUAAUCAUCACAGCGCUUCGUCUCUGUAACCAAUUCAAGAAAAAUGUCAAGUUGCAGUCCUAUUGCACAAGUUUCAUAUUCACAUAUCUUUCGUUAAAUUUGGACGCAAAGAGAGUGCUCAGGAAAAAUAUCAUUAUCGAACUGAUGAGAGAAACUCAUUCGAAUAUUUGUGCUGAAAAUCAGGAAUGCUUUAACAAAAUACAGAAGCUUGUUGAGCUUUAA